AUGCUUGAUCAUGAGCUGGCUGCACUUGUCAUAUUUUUGGUCUCAUUUUCCGGUGCGCUUUUCAAUAUUCUCGCAUUAUUCACUGUGCUCAAGACGAAAGCUCUACACAAUGCCUUCGGAGCUCUGUGCUUUAGCCAUUCGAUUGCCAAUUUUGGCACACUCGCCGUCUUUCUAGGCUGGGUAUUACCAGCAACCCUGCAAUUCGAGAACACCACUUCGCUGUUCGGCAAAAUUCUCGGCCAGAUUCAGAUACUCUUCUGGAACGCGUGCUGCUAUUCGCAUCUCGUCAUCUCGUUCAAUCGAUUCGUCUCGAUAUCGAUGCCGACCAAGGCUCCCACGUUCUUCAACUUCAAAAACACGACGAUCAUGAUCGCUGUCGUCUGGUGCAUGUCGAUCGCUCACAUCAUCCCGUACUUCUGGUACGCCGCCUGUUUCAUGGCCUACGAUCCGGCGAGCUGGACGUGGAAUUUCGCCGACACACCGUGCGGCUAUGUCAUCACCACCUACACCGAUUAUUAUACAAGCGUCGGAAUUUUUGUGAUAAUGAGCUCGCUGGAUUUGCUCACGUUCACCUUAUUAGUAGUUUACAAUAAGCAUGUCUCGAACUCGAAAUCGUCGAAUACUGCAAAAGCCGAUAGGAGAAUGGAGCUUCGGUUUUUCGUACAGUCAGUCAUCCAAGGCGCUCUAUUUUUCUAUGAAGUUUUUAUGUUUAAUUAUAUUACGACUUUGAAUUCAAAUCAGUGGUUCGUAUUUUUCACCUCAACGUUUGCCUGGAUGAUAUGCCAUUGUUUAGAUGGACUAGUUGUUAUAAUAUUCCAUUUUCGGAAGCGAUAUUUAUGUAUAAAUGCGAAAAGCGCCGAGAACUCGCGAAAAGUUACAAAGACGUCGCCGAUAUCUACAGUGAUUAAUGUGAAAAAAAUGGUUAAAGAUUGA